UUUUUUCCUUGCACAGCCGAAAUAGUAAACAAACUUUGGCCGUUCAAGUUAAAUUAUCACGGUUGGAUAGCGAAUGUUUAAUUUCAAUCUGUAUCCAUACGAAGAAAGAAAGCCACUUCUUAUUUGUUAGAUAUUAAAUUGUACUACAGUGAAAAAUGGUGGCAGCACCGGAGGAUGGCUGCCUAACCUGUUUCCAACAGUCGGAACUCGAUGUUGUGAAAAUCGCCAGCGAAGAGCUUGUUGCGAAGGCUUUAAGCAAGCACUUUUGGUUUUCCACCGAAGACUAUCACGAAGCGAUAUUGUGUCGCUCAUGUUGGAACCAGUUGGAUAGUUUCUACCGGUUCUAUGCAUCCGUAGAGGAACUGUACGAAAUUCCCCCAUUGACUACGGUGGAUGUUAAACUGGAGGUUGAGUUAUUACAAGAAGAGCCAAGCGUGAAUCAAGGGGAAUGUGAACAAGAGCUGCAGGAUGCAUGUAACACUGCAUCCCCUCUAGAACACAGCGAUAGCGACAUGGAAAUGGAAUUGUUAGAUUAUAAUGAAAUUUCCGAAGCAGAUGACGAGAAACCGCCAGCAAAACGAAACAGGAGAAGUCCUGAACAUGACAAUAUUUUGAAACCAGCACCGAAACCAAAGAAAAUUUACGCUAAGCGUGAACCAAAAACGGCCGAGGAUCGUAGGCUGGAGGAUGAAGUCAUUCGGAAGCACGUUAGCUGCAUUUGCGAGCAGUGUGGGCUUGCCAGUGAAACAUUUACCGGCUUUUUGCGCCACUCGCUCGAAGCGCACGGCAACAAGUCGGCUUUUUUGUCCUGCUGCGGGAGAAAGUACUACAAGAAGAUUCGGCUCUAUCAGCACGUGCAAACGGUAAACAAUCCGGAGACUUUCCGUUGUGAACAGUGUAAGCGAAAUUUUACCAAUGAUGAGGGUUAUAGACGACAUUUAAAAGAAUUUCACGCGACCGAAGAGGAACGCAAGUACCGGUGCGAUCGAUGCCCAAAGAGUUUCGUCGUAGAGCAUAAGUACAAGAAGCAUAUGAAUGAUCAUGCCGAUUGGGACAAUAAAAACUGCAAGUGUGAACAUUGUGGCAAAUAUUACAAAUCCCGCCACAUACUGACAAACCACAUAAAACUGAAACACACCGAACCGACCGAUUUUAUUUGCGAUAUCUGUGCAAAGGGUUUCCAUCUGGAGUCUCAAUUUUUACUGCAUAAAAAGGAACAUCUGAAUCCAGCCGAACUGAAGAUGCAAUGCGAAAUUUGUUUUCAAUGGUUAAAAAAUCGCCCCAACUGGCGACGUCACAUGCAAAGCCACGUACGGGCGGAAGUAACGUGCGACCUUUGCAGUCACGUGUCGCCCCACCCGCGGGCUCUGAUGGGCCACAAACGUCGGCAGCAUGGUCAACACAAGGAGUACUCCUGUACGUACUGCCCAAAAACAUUCCGAAAGCCAAUCACCCUGAAGGAGCACGUGGCCGCCGUCCACACGGGUGUCAUCCUGUACAAUUGCCCAUUCUGUGCCAAAACGUUUAACUCGCAUGCCAACAUGCACUCGCACAAAAAAAAAAUGCACCCCUCGGAGUGGCUGCAGGAACGAAAUCAGAAGUAUUUCACGCGAUAGAUGAAAAAGGGGACCGAAAUAUACUAGUUUCGCAGGUUCAGUGGAGAAACAUUUUAAUUUAUGUCGAUGUUCGUCUUGUCUUCAAUAUCUUCUUACAAAAAAUAUCUUUUUAAACGGAAAUUUGUCAUUUGUAAUUUACGAAUUUUUUCUAGUGAAGUUCCCAAAAAAAUCUAAUUUGACACGA